UUAUUUUUUAUAGGUCGUGACAUCUCGGGAGGAAGCAGUGGUAAUCGAGGGCUCACCUGGAGAUGAUCCUCUUGUACUAACAGCACUGAAGAGGAAUUACCUGGAGCCACCGUCAUCUCUUCCAUACAACUUGUCGACCGAACCUUCGUAUUUAUUCUCAAGCACCAUGGGGACUUGGGCGGAUAUACGCAAACACACGCGGAUGUUUUUCACGAAGCAGGAAGGUGGAUUUUUCAUAGAGGUCGGGGCUCUAGAUGGCCAACAGCUCUCCAACACACUCUGGUUAGAACAAGAAUUGAACUGGACUGGAUUGCUCAUCGAACCCGACGUGUAUAGUUACCAAGCGUUGAAAUCCAAACACCGUAGAGCUUGGAUCUCGAACGCUUGUCUGUCGGAGGAUAAUAAAGUCCGAGAGACCGUCCACGUUACGGCAAAACUACGCCGCGGCUUCGUUUCUCAGUGGCAGUGGCACCUAUUGGGCGCUUCUUACCAAUAUGGCAUCAACCGGAGCCCGAUCUUCGACGAAUACUUGAAACAGGCCGAUCAGACGUACACAAAAUCCACGUGUUUUCCUCUAUUCUCUUACAUCUUGGCUCUAAACAUCACUUCGGUCGACUUUUUAUCCCUCGACACGCAAGGGAGUGAGAUCGAUAUCCUGAAAUCCUUACCCUGGGGUCAAGUGAACAUAAGGGUGAUAAUAGUUGAAAUUGAAGACCCAAAGUUUGCCGUGGGAUUCACCGACUAUAUGACAGAUAAAGGUUAUGUGUUAGUUGACCAGGAGACGGAUUACUAUUUUGUCAGGAAGGGCGAUCCAAUUCUCACUCGAGUGUGAUCCAAUUCUCACUCGAGUGUAUUAAUGGACUCGAAGUCAAUUGUUUGUUUUGCUAGAUUUGUGCCUCAUAUACCUGUAUUGUCUAUUACUUACAAACAUCAAUGUCCAAUUUCUACUCCACAUUAACACAUAAAUAAAUGUUAAUAAAACUCAGAAUUAUA